CCAGUGAGAGGGAGGGAGUAAAGUGUCCGCCAUAUUCUUUCCAGUUUACCACGCCCGUGGAUCUGGGGGAAAGCAGCAGUAAGCAGCAGUUCUCUGUCUCUCUCUUUCUCCUUCCUUUCCCCGCUCCCCGCCGCCUCCCUCUCCGGCUCCACAAACUCGUCGCGAAGCUAACGGCGGAGAAAGUGACAGCGAUACGGAAUCAACAACCAAGUGUCUGCACAUUGCAAGGAGCAAGAGUGAAGAGGGUUGUCGCAGGAUAGACUUGUAAUCCUUUAUCGCGCCAGGAGAAAACCAGGGGGAGAUUGGAAAUCUCUCGCUCCCGAUUUUGAAAAUAAUCUGCCUCAACCCUUCUAGUUUGUCUGCCAGAUUUAGAGUGUAAUUGUGAUUUUUUUUCCUUCUCCUGCAACCCCCAUUUUAAAAGCUCCCCGCAUAUUCUCCAUGCUUAGUAAGGUUGUGGAGUACUGAGGAGGACCCCCCCCCCCCCCUUCACACACAGACAUUGCACACACAUUGCACACACACACACAGACACACAUUGCACACACACACAGACACAGACAUUGCACACACACAAGCACAUUGCACACACAAGCACAUUGCACAUACAAGCCGGCUACAUGACUCUCGACUCCAUCAUGGCGUGCUGUCUGAGCGAGGAGGCGAAAGAAGCGAAAAGGAUCAACGCGGAGAUCGAGAGGCAGCUGCGGAGAGACAAGCGGGAUGCUCGCAGAGAGCUCAAACUGCUACUACUCGGCACCGGAGAAAGUGGCAAAAGCACAUUCAUCAAACAGAUGCGAAUCAUCCAUGGUACAGGGUAUUCCGAGGAGGACAAACGAGGUUUCACAAAGCUGGUCUAUCAGAAUAUCUUCACUGCCAUGCAGGCUAUGAUCAGAGCAAUGGAAACACUCAAAAUACAGUACAAAUAUGACCACAACAAGGCACAUGCACAGCUGGUUCGUGAGAUUGAUGUAGAAAAGGUGACAAUCUUUGAAAACCCUUACGUGGAUGCAAUAAAAUGUUUAUGGGUGGACCCAGGCAUCCAGGAAUCCUAUGACCGAAGGAGAGAGUACCAGUUGUCGGAUUCUACUAAAUACUAUCUUAAAGACUUGGACCGUAUAUCAGAACCUACCUAUCUACCCACUCAACAAGAUGUGCUUAGAGUGCGAGUCCCAACAACAGGGAUCAUUGAAUACCCUUUCGACUUGCAAACCGUCAUUUUCAGAAUGGUCGAUGUUGGGGGUCAGCGAUCAGAACGAAGGAAAUGGAUUCACUGUUUUGAAAAUGUGACAUCUAUUAUGUUUUUAGUGGCCCUUAGUGAAUAUGAUCAAGUACUUGUGGAAUCAGACAAUGAGAAUCGAAUGGAGGAAAGCAAAGCACUAUUUAAGACGAUUAUCACAUAUCCCUGGUUUCAGAAUUCCUCAGUUAUUCUCUUCUUAAACAAGAAAGAUCUCUUGGAGGAAAAGAUUAUGUAUUCUCACCUGGUUGAUUACUUCCCAGAAUAUGAUGGACCACAGCGAGAUGCACAAGCAGCAAGGGAGUUUAUUUUGAAGAUGUUUGUGGACCUGAAUCCUGAUAGUGACAAAAUUAUCUACUCUCACUUCACAUGUGCCACAGAUACAGAAAAUAUACGGUUUGUCUUUGCUGCAGUCAAGGACACUAUCCUACAAUUAAACCUGAAGGAAUAUAACCUGGUCUAGUAUAUUAACUGGCCUAACAAUAAAUAAGAGUAACUGUAUUAUCUGUGAAAAUGAUUUGCAUAAUUCUAAUUUAUUGCUAUCCUGGACUCUGUGGUUCCACAGAGUUUUAGUAAAUAUUAUGAUUUUAUUUAACAAAAAUGGGCAAAAGAUGCUGAAACAUGUUUGUGGCACCAGUCCUUUUAGGCAAAACUUUGUGACUUCAUGCAAAAAUUUCAAUUUCCACUGUAAAUUCCCAUCUCUGAAAGGAUUGGGUUUUUUGCUUUUCUAAGUACAUCCCUCCCCCCCUCCUACUCCCCAAACAAAUAUUCGAGGUACAAUGUCCCUUUUAUGAUAUGUUCCUCUUGACACUCUGUAGUACACAGUUACUGUGGUAAUGUUUGUUUGAUGGAAAUCAAGCUGUCAAUGAUAAUUGUUGUACUGCUUUUUUGAUGGGCGAGAAGGAUUGGUCUUGUGAAUUUUAAAUUACUGAUAUGUAUAAUUUAAAGUUUCAUACUAAACAGUUCAUCUUCACUUUAAGCUAUAAAGAUGGGAGACAUUAAGCAAUAGUUGAUUGCUUCAACUUUAUAUGUUACCACACUGAUACAAAAAAUAUGGAUAGAUGUAGGUAAGAAUACAAUAUUGAGAAUGUUGUGUACUUGUAAAACAAUAUAUGGGGUUUGAAUUCUAUUUAUUAUGUGCCACUCUAUUGCUAUUACUAAACUCAUUUUAUGGAAUGAUGCCAAACCAAAUGUCAUAUACACUAUAGUUGCUGAUGUUUGCAAUAUCUACAUGUCUUCUUCCUUAGGACAGUAUCUGGAGACAUCAUUGACAUCUUUACUUUGCUCCUGUGUGAUUUUUAAAUGUUAUUUUUUGGCCUUUAAUAAGGAGUGUAUUAAUACUGCCACUCUGUCUUAUUUGUUUGCUAAUUUGGAAGUUUAUUAGAUAAAAAUUGCCUUCCUCAAGAUGCUAAAAAUAAUGUGGCUAGAAACAAUAACAACACUUGAGUAGAAGAUGAACAGCAAACAAAUAACACUGCAGCAUUGGCUUUUGGAUCUUCUAAAAACAAUUUGUUUGAAAUGCCAAAAUAAAUGAGAAAAACUGGUGCUUUUUUCACAUUGUACAAUAUUUGCCAUUACCUCUGUAAUUUUGUUUAACAUAAGCUGCUCAGUGUCCAUGACCAAUUUUGUAUCUAACUUUUUUACACAUAUGUUAAAAGGUACUGUAAUCAUGUUUUGAUAAAAUCUUGUAAGAUCCUUAAUUUUAUUCUAAAAUGGAUUCAUUUGCCAGAACCUUUUGGAAAAUGAACCUGUAUUAUUCCUUUUGUCAAACGGUAGAUAAACUAUUAAAAUCCAAGACCUGGGCUGUAAACAAGAUAAAUGCUUGAAGAGGUGGGAUUUGAAUGAAUGUCUCACAUUCCUUUAAUUUGUUAGAUUUUGAAUGUUUUCAGUCUUUGAGGCGAUGGCUCAGAAACUUAAAGGUUGAGGUCAGUUAGUUAAUUAAAAUAGUUCUGCACUGGC